AGGGGACGCCCGCGUAGGAUUCGGGCCUUCCUCGCUCCCCGGUCCCGCCCGGUGCCGGGUCCUGCACCCGGAGCGGCCCUCGGCGGCUCUCCAGCCCGUCGGUCCCCACCUCCUCUCCCCGAACCCCGAGUGGACUUAAGAGGCCCGGAGUGGCACCCCCUCCCUGUGGGGCGGCCCGCUUUCCUGUCACCCCCGGGUCUAGAUUAAGGAUGUAUGUUCUGCAAUUCUGAACCAUGAGUCUAGCACUUAAUGAUUUGCUUAUUUGCUGCCGGCAACUGGAACAUGACAGAGCUACAGAACGAAGGAAAGAAGUUGAGAAAUUUAAGCGUCUAAUUCGGGACCCUGAAACAGUUCAACAUUUAGAUAGGCAUUCAGAUUCCAAACAAGGAAAAUACUUGAAUUGGGAUGCUGUUUUUAGAUUUUUACAGAAAUAUAUUCAGAAAGAAACAGAAUGUCUAAGAACAGCCAAACCAAAUGUCUCCGCCUCAACACAAACCUCCAGACAGAAAAAGAUGCAGGAAAUUAGUAGCUUGGUCAGAUACUUCAUCAAAUGUGCAAACAAAAGAGCACCCAGGUUAAAAUGUCAAGAGCUCUUGAUUUAUAUCAUGGAUACGGUGAAAGAUUCAUAUAAUGGUGUUAUAUAUGGAGCUGAUUGUAGCAACAUAUUACUCAAAGACAUUCUUUCAGUGAGAAAAUACUGGUGUGAAAUAUCUCAGCAACAAUGGCUAGACUUACUCUCUGUGUACUUCAGGCUCUAUCUCAAACCUUCACAAGACAUUAAUAGAGUUUUAGUGGCUAGAAUAAUUUAUGCUGUCACCAAAGGAUGCUGUUCACAAACUGAUGGAUUGAAUUCCAAAUUUUUAGACUUUUUUGCCAAGGCUAUUCAGUAUGUAAGACAAGAAAAGAGCUCUGUAGGCUUAAAUCACAUCUUAGCAGCUUUUAUUAUCUUCCUCAAAACAUUGGCUGUCAAUUUUCGGAUUCGAGUAUGCGAAUUAGGAGAUGAAAUUCUUCCUACCUUACUGUAUAUUUGGGCUCAACAUCGACUUAACGAUUCCUUAAAAGAAGUACUUAUUGAAUUAUUUCAGCUUCAGAUUUAUAUCCACCAUCCAAAAGGAGCCAAAACCCAUGACAAAGGUGCUUAUGAAUCAACAAAAUGGCAAAGUAUCUUAUACAACUUAUAUGAUUUACUAGUGAACGAGAUAAGUCAUAUAGGAAGCAGAGGAAAAUACUCUUCAGGUUCUCGUAAUAUUGCUGUCAAGGAAAAUUUAAUUGAAUUGAUGGCAGAUAUUUGUCACCAGGUUUUUAAUGAAGAUACCAGAUCCCUGGAGAUUUCUCAGUCUUAUGCUGCUACACAAAGACAAUCUAUCGAUUGCAGUAUACCUUGCAAAAGAAGGAAAAUAGAACUGGGUUGGGGAGUAAUAAAAGAUUAUCUUCAGAAGUCACAAAAUGAUUUUGAUAUUGUGCCUUGGCUACAGAUUACAACUCAGCUAAUAUCAAAGUAUCCUGCCAGUUUACCUAACUGUGAGCUCUCUCCAUUGCUGUUGAUCUUGUACCAGCUUCUGCCUCAACAGCGACAUGGGGAGCGAACACCAUAUGUGUUACGAUGUCUUACCCAAGUUGCAUUGUGUCAAGGAAAGAAAUCAAAUCUAGAAAGCUCUCAAAAGUCAGAAUUAUUGAAACUCUGGAUUAAAAUUUGGUGUAUUACCUUUCGUGGCAUAAGUUCUGAACAAAUACAAACUGAAAACUUUGGCUUACUUAGAGCUAUUAUUCAAGGAAGUUUAAUUGAAGUUGACAGAGAAUUCUGGAAGCUAUUUACUGGCUCAGCCUGCAAACCUUCAAGUCCUGCAGUGUGCUGUUUGACCUUGGCACUGGCUGUCUGUGUGGUUCCGGAAACAGCAAAAAUAGGAACAGAGCAGAAUGUAUAUGAAGUGAAUAGGAACUUUUCUUUAAAGGAAUCAAUUAUGAGAUGGCUUUUAUUCUAUCAGUUAGAGGAUGACAUAGAAUACAGCACAGUGCUGCCUCCAAUUCUUCAGAGUAAGCUUCCUCAUCUCAUGCUGGAGAAAAUUCUUGUGAGUCUCACCAUGAAAAACUGUAAAGCUGCAAUGAACUUUUUCCAAAGUGUGCCAGAAUGUGAAAAUCACCACAAAGUUAAUGAAGAGCCUUCAUUCUCAGAAGUAGAAGAACUAUUUCUUCAGACAACUUUUGACAAAAUGGAUUUUCUAACCAUUGUGAAAGAAUGUGCUGUAGAGAAGUAUCAAUCUAGUAUUGGCCUUUCUGUCCAUUCAAAUCUCAAGGAAUCAUUGGAUAACUGUCUUCUGAAAUUAUCAGAACAGCUUCUCAAUAAUUACUCAUCUGAGGUCACAAAUUCAGAAACACUUGUACGAUGCUCAGGCCUUUUGGUGGGUGUUCUUGGCUGCUAUUGUUAUGCAGGUGUAAUAACUGAAGUGGAAGCAUGCACAUCAGAAUUAUUCCAGAAGGCCAAGUCUCUAAUGCAGUGUUCAGGAGAAUGUAUCUCCCUGUUUAAAAAUAAGACAAAUGAGGAAUCUAGAAUUGGUUCACUGAGAAAUAUGAUGCAGCUAUGUACAAGUUGCAUGUAUAACUAUAACAAGCAAAAUGCAAAUAAGAUUGCAUCUGGCUUUUUCCUACGAUUAUUUACAUCAAAGCUGAUGAAUGACAUUGCAGAUAUUUGUAAAAGUUUAGCAUCCUUAAUGAAAAAGCCAGUUGACUAUGGAGAGAUAGAGUCAAUAGAAGAUGGUACUUGUGACCAUCUAAGGGAGGUAAAUGAUCCUUCAUCCAUGGAUCUCUUUAGUGAUUGCCCUGCUGCUGAUGUGAGUGAUUCCAUUGAGUGUGGGGAGAGCCAGAGCACCAUUGGUGCCAUGAAUCCUUUAGCUGAAGAAUAUCUGUCAAAGCAAGAUCUACUUCUUUUAGACAUGCUCAGGUUCUUGUGCAUGUGUGUAACUGUGCCUCAGACCAAUACUGUGUCAUUUAGGGCAGCUGAUAUUCGGAGAAAAUUGUUAUUGUUGCUUGAUUCUAGCAUACUGGAUCUUGCUAAAUCCCUCCACUUGCAUGUGUACUUGGUGCUUUUAAAGGGGCUUCCUGGAAAAGAAUGUCCUUUGCCCAUGGAAGAUGUUGUGGAGCUUCUGAAACCACUAUCCCUUGUGUGUUCUUUAUAUCGUCGAGACCAAGAUGUUUGUACAACAAUUUUAAACCAUGCCCUUCAUGUAGUGACAAACCUAGAUCAAGGCAGUGUGGACACUGAGAGCACAAGGGACGCACAAGGACAGUUCCUCACAGUGAUUGGUGCAUUUUGGCAUCUAACAAAGGACAAGAAAUGUUCAUCCUCUGUAAGAAUGGCUUUAGUAAAAUGCCUUAAAACUCUGCUUGAGGCCGAUCCCUAUUCAAAAUGGGCUGUUCUUAAUGUGAUGGGAGAAGACUUUCCUGUAAAUGAAGUGUUUCCACAAUUUCUUGCUGAUGAUCACCACCAAGUUCGUAUGUUGGCUGCAGGGUCGAUCAAUAGAUUAUUCCAGGACAUGAGUCAAGGGGAUUGUUCCAAGUCAUUGAAAGCACUUCCUUUGAGGCUUCAACAAAAAGCUUUUGAAAAUGCAUACUUGAAAGCUCAGGAAGGAGUGAGAGAAAUGUCCCACAGCACUGAGAACCCUGACCUUUUGGAUGAGAUUUAUAAUAGAAAAUCUGUUUUACUGAUGAUGAUAGCUGUGGUUUUACACUGUAGCCCUAUCUGUGAAAAACAGGCUUUGUUUGCUUUAUGUAAAUCAAUGAAAGAGAAUGGAUUAGAACCUCACCUCGUGAAAAAGGUUUUACAGCAAGUUUCUGAAACUUUUGGGUAUACACAUUUAGAAGAUUUCAUGGCUUCUCAUUUAGAUUACCUUGUUUUGGAAUGGCUAAAUCUUCAAGAGACUGAAUACAACUUAUCUUCUUUUCCUUUUAUUUUAUUAAACUAUACAAAUGUUGAAGAUUUCUACAGAUCUUGUUAUAAGGUUUUGAUUCCACAUUUGGUAAUCAGAAGUCAUUUUGAUGAGGUGAAGUCCAUGGCUGAUCAGAUUGAAAAGGAUUGGAAAACUCUUCUAAUAGAUUGCUUUCCAAAGAUUCUUGUCAAUAUUCUUCCCUAUUUUGCCUAUGAGGGAACACACGACAGUAGGAUGGCACAGCAAAGAGAGACUGCUUCCAAGGUCUAUGAUACACUUAAAGGUGAAAACCUACUGGGAAAACAGAUUGAUCACUUAUUCAUUAGUAACUUACCAGAGAUCGUGGUAGAGUUAUUGAUGACCUUACAUGAACCAGCAAGUUCUAGUGCCGGCCAAAGAACUGACCUUGGUGACUUUUCAGGGGAUUUGGAUCCUGCUCCUAACCCACCUUGUUUCCCAUCACAUGUUAUUAAAGCAACAUUUGCCUACAUCAGCAAUUGUCAUAAAACCAAGCUUAAAAGCAUCUUAGAAAUUCUUUCCAAAAGCCCUGACUCCUAUCAGAAAAUUCUUCUAGCCAUUUGUGAACAAGAAGCUGAGACAAAUGAUGUUUAUAAGAAGCACAGAAUUCUUAAAAUGUAUCAUCUAUUUGUUAGUUUAUUACUGAAAGACAUAAAAAGUGGCUUGGGAGGAGCAUGGGCCUUUGUUCUUCGAGAUGUUAUUUAUACUUUGAUUCACUCUAUCAAUAAAAGGCCUUCUCAUUUCAUAGAUGUGACAUCACGUAGCUUCUCCCUUUGUUGUGAUUUACUUAGUCGGGUUUGCCAGACUGCAGUGACUCACUGUAAGGAUGCUUUGGAAAAUCAUCUUCACCUAAUUGUUGGAACACUCAUACCCCUUGUGGAUGAUCAGAUGCAAGUUCAGGAACAGGUCUUGGACUUGCUGAAAUACUUAGUGAUAGAUAACAAGGAUAAUGAAAACCUCUAUGUCACAAUUAAGCUUUUAGAUCCUUUUCCUGAUCGUGUUGUUUUUAAGGAUUUACGUAUUAUUCAGCAGAAAAUCAAAUACAGUAGAGGACCCUUUUCACUCUUGGAGGAAAUUAACCAUUUUCUCUCAGUAAGUGUUUAUGAUGCACUUCCAUUGACAAGGCUUGAAGGAUUAAAAGAGCUUCGGAGACAGUUGGAACAGCAUAAAGAUCAGAUGAUGGAUCUUAUGAAAGCAUCUCAGGAUAACCCACAUGAUGGCAUUGUGGUGAAGCUAGUUGUCAGUUUGUUGCAGUUAUCCAAGAUGGCGGUUAACCAGACUGGAGAAAGAGAAGUUCUAGAGGCUGUUGGAAGCUGUCUAGGAGAAGUAGGUCCUAUAGAUUUUUCUACAAUAGCUAUACAACAUAGUAAAGAUAUAUCUUAUGCCAAGACUCUUGAAGACAAAGAGCUUGAAUGGACCUUACUGAUGCUGACCUACCUGAAUAAUACACUAGUAGAAGAUUGUGUCAAAGUACGAUCAGCUGCUGUUACCUGUUUGAAAAACAUUUUAGCCACAGAGACUGGACAUAGAUUCUGGGACAUUUAUAAGAAGACAGCUGAUCCUAUGCUGGCCUAUCUGCAGCCAUUUAGAACAUCAAGGAAAAAGUUUUUAGAAGUACCCAGGCUUGACAAAGAAUGCCCAUUAGAAUACCUGGAUGAUACAAAUCUGUGGAUUCCUCAAAGUGAAAAUCAUGACAUUUGGAUAAAGAACCUAACAUGUGCUUUUUUGGACAGCGGAAGCAUAAAAAGCGAAAUUCUUCAGUUACUGAAGCCAAUGUGUGAGGUGAAGACUGACUUUUGUCAGACUGUGCUUCCAUACUUGAUUCAUGAUAUCUUACUCCAAGAUACAAAUCAAUCAUGGAGAAAUCUUCUUUCUAUACACAUUCAGGGAUUUUUCACGAGCUCUUUCAAACACUCCUCACAAACAAGUCGAUCUGCAACCCCAGCCAAUUUUGAUUCAGAGUCAGAGAAUAUUUUCCGAUGCUGUUUGGAUAAAAAAUCACAAAGAACAAUGCUUGCUGUUAUAGACUACAUGAGAAGACAAAAGAGACCUUCUUCAGGAACAGUUUUCGAUGAUGCUUUCUGGCUGGACUUGAAUUAUCUAGAAGUUGCCAAGGUGGCCCAGUCUUGUGCUGCUCACUUUACAGCAUUGCUCUAUGCAGAGAUCUAUGCCGAUAAGAAAAGCAUGGACGAUCUGGAGAAAAGAAAUCUUACAUUUGAAGAAGGAAGCCAAGGUACAACUAUUUCCAGUUUGAGUGAAAAAAGUAAAGAAGAAACUGGAAUAAGUUUGCAGGAUCUUCUCUUAGAAAUCUAUAGAAGUAUAGGAGAGCCGGAUAGUCUGUAUGGCUGUGGUGGAGGGAAAAUGUUGCAGCCCCUUACAAGACUACGGACCUAUGAACAUGAAGCAAUGUGGGGGAAAGCCUUAGUAACAUAUGACCUUGAGACAGCAAUUUCCUCCUCAGCCCGCCAGGCCGGAAUCAUUCAGGCCUUGCAGAAUUUGGGACUCUGUCAUAUUCUUUCCACCUAUUUAAAAGGGUUAGAUCAUGAAAAUAAAGAGGGCUGUGCUGAACUGCAAGAGCUUUAUUACCAAACCGCAUGGAGGAAUAUGCAGUGGGACCAUUGUGAUUCUAUCAGCAAAGGAAUAGAAGAAACCAGUUACCACGAGUCAUUGUACAAUGCUCUCCAGUGUCUAAAAGACAGAGAAUUCUCCACAUUUUAUGAAGGUCUUAAAUAUGCCAGAGUAAAAGAAGUAGAAGAGUUGUGUAAGGGCAGCCUAGAGUCUGUGUAUUCUCUGUACCCCACACUUAGUAGAUUGCAGGCAAUCGGAGAAUUGGAAAACAUUGGAGAGCUUUUUUCAAGGUCAGUCACAGAUAGACAGCAGCUAUCAGAAGUAUAUAUGAAGUGGCAGAAACAUUCCCAGCUUCUCAAGGACAGCGAUUUUAGUUUUCAGGAGCCAAUUAUGGCUUUACGCACAGUCAUUUUAGAGAUUCUAGUGCAAAAGGAAAUGGAGAAUUCCCAAAGAGAAUAUUUUAAGGACAUUCUUACCAAGCACCUUGUAGAAUUCUCUGUCCUGGCCCGAACUUUCAAUAAUACCCAGCUCCCUGAAAGGGCAAUAUUUCAAAUUAAGCAGCAUAAUUCAGCUAUUUGUGGAGUCUCUGAGUGGCAGCUAGAGGAAGCACAAGUAUUCUGGGCGAAAAAGGAACAGAGUCUUGCUCUGAGCAUUCUCAAGCAAAUGAUCAAGAAGUUGGAUGCCACCUGCACAGAGAAUAAUCCCAACCUAAAACUUCUAUACACAGAAUGUCUGAGAGUUUGUGGCAAUUGGUUAGCAGAAACUUGCUUAGAAAAUCCUGCAGCAAUCAUGCAGACCUAUCUGGAAAAGGCAGUGGAAGUUGCUGGAAGUUAUGAUGGAGAAAGCAGUGAACUUAGAAAUGGAAAAAUGAAGGCAUUUCUGUCAUUAGCACGAUUCUCUGAUACUCAGUACCAGAGAAUUGAAAACUAUAUGAACUCAUCAGAAUUUGAAAACAAGCAAGCUCUCUUGAGAAGGGCCAAAGAAGAAGUGGGCCUACUUAGAGAACAUAAAAUCCAGACAAACAGAUACACAGUAAAGGUUCAGAGAGAGCUGGAGCUGGAUGAAUGUGCACUCCGUGCACUGAAAGAGGACCGUAAACGCUUCUUGUGUAAGGCAGUUGAAAAUUACAUCAACUGCUUGUUAAGUGGAGAAGAACAUGAUAUGUGGGUUUUUCGACUUUGCUCCCUCUGGCUUGAAAAUUCUGGUGUUUCUGAAGUCAAUGACAUGAUGAAGAGAGAUGGAAUGAAGAUUUCUUCAUACAAAUUUUUGCCUCUUAUGUACCAACUGGCUGCUAGAAUGGGGACCAAAAUGACAGGAGGCCAAGGAUUUCAUGAAGUCCUCAAUAAUCUUAUCUCUAGGAUUUCAAUGGAUCACCCCCACCAUACUUUGUUUAUUAUAUUGGCUUUAGCAAAUGCAAACAAGGAUGAAAUUUUGACCAAACCAGAGGUAGCAAAGAGGAGCAGAAUAACUAAAAAUGCACCCAAAGAAAACUCUCAGCUUGAUAAGGAUCGAAUGGAGGCUGCAAACAAAGUAAUAUGUACCAUUAGACGUAAGAGACAGCAGAUGGUCAAGAAUGUUGAGGCACUUUGUGAUGCUUACAUUUUACUAGCAAACUUAGAUGCCACUCAGUGGAAGACUCACAGAAAAGGCAUCAGUAUUCCAGCAGACCAGCCAAUUAUUAAACUGAAGAAUUUAGAAGAUGUUGUUGUUCCCACUAUGGAAAUCAAGGUGGACCCUACAGGUGAAUAUGGAAAUCUGGUGACUAUACAGUCAUUUAAAACAGAGUUUCGUUUAGCAGGAGGCUUAAAUUUACCAAAAAUAAUAGAUUGUAUAGGUUCUGAUGGGAAGGAAAGAAGACAACUUGUCAAGGGCCGUGAUGACCUGAGACAAGAUGCUGUCAUGCAGCAGGUUUUCCAAAUGUGCAAUACUUUAUUGCAGAGAAACACUGAAACUAGGAAGAGAAAACUGACUAUCUGCACAUACAAGGUGGUUCCCCUGUCCCAGCGAAGUGGUGUUCUUGAGUGGUGUACAGGAACUGUACCUAUUGGUGAAUUUCUUGUUAACAAUGAAGAAGGUGCUCAUAAAAGAUACAGGCCACAAGAUCUCAGUGCCUCUCAAUGCGUAAAGAAAAUGAUGGAGGUACAAAAGAAGUCUUUUAAAGAAAAGCAUGAAACCUUCAUGGAUGUUUGCCAAAACUUUCAACCAGUUUUCCGAUAUUUCUGCAUGGAAAAAUUCUUGGACCCAGCUGUUUGGUUUGAGAAACGAUUGGCUUAUACUCGCAGUGUGGCCACAUCUUCUAUUGUUGGUUACAUCCUUGGACUUGGUGAUAGGCAUGUACAGAAUAUCUUAAUAAAUGAGCAAUCAGCAGAACUUGUACACAUAGAUUUGGGGGUUGCUUUUGAACAGGGUAAAAUCCUUCCUACUCCUGAAACAGUUCCUUUUAGGCUCUCUAGAGAUAUUGUGGAUGGCAUGGGCAUCACUGGUGUUGAAGGGGUCUUCAGAAGAUGCUGUGAGAAGACAAUGGAAGUGAUGAGAAACUCUCAGGAAACUCUGCUAACCAUUGUAGAGGUCCUCCUGUAUGAUCCACUCUUUGACUGGACUAUGAACCCAUUGAAAGCUUUAUAUCUACAGCAGAGGCCAGAGGAUGAAGCUGAGCUCCAUUCUACUCCAAAUGCAGAUGACCAAGACUGCAAACGAAGCCUUAGUGAUAUUGACCAGAGUUUCAACAAAGUAGCUGAGCGAGUGUUGAUGAGAUUGCAAGAGAAGCUGAAAGGAGUGGAGGAGGGCACCGUGCUCAGUGUGGGUGGGCAAGUGAAUUUGCUCAUUCAGCAGGCCAUGGACCCCAAAAACCUCAGCCGACUUUUCCCAGGAUGGAAAGCUUGGGUAUGAUCUGCAGCAUAUUAUAUUGCCCCCACAAAAAGUUGAGUAAGGAUUAAUGUUUAACCAAUUGAAGGAAUAUGUUCUGAAAGUAUCCCUACUUACAGUCACUAUCCAAAGAUGCUUCAGCUGUAACUGGGAACAUCCAUGCUCUCACAUGUUAGAAAUAAUAGCUCUUCCCACUCUCUGUGCUUCUAGGUUAAAUGGUUAUUUCUUCUCAAGAGCAAACUCGUAUUAUUUCAAUCGAAUCAGACUUGUGUAAUGGGGGGAACUGUGGAAGCAUCAAUGACAGGCGUCCUUUGGUAGGAAUCAGAACAAGUACAUGCACUGCUUCCUGAGUAGUUUUCAAUUAAAACUUUCCCAGAUAGAUGUGAUAAAUUAGAAGUGUCCACCUAUGAUGUUAUAGCUAUACAGUGUGUAACAUGCUCCUGAUGCCCCAGCACUGCAAAGAAAAAACUAUACAAACUAUAGGUUGGGCAUUUUUGAACUGAAAAUCCAAAAUAUGAAAUGCACUGGAUACCCAGUUUUUCGUAGGGCUGUUUCUUUUCUUUUUUGUAUUUUGAAACAGGGUUUCACUAUGUAGCUCAGGCUAACCUGGAACUUGCUGAGUAGCCCCAGCUUGCCUCACAUUCAUGAUCCUCCUGUCUCAGCCUCCUACAUGCAUGUGUCAUGAUGCCCAACUCAUCCAGAACCUUGAGUCUCAUGUUGGUAGCUUUUCUUUUUUCCUUUUUUUUUUUUUUUUCGUCGGUUGUGGGGCCUGAACUGGG